ACACAUCUUAGUUUUUGUUUUGCUGUGUUUACCAGUGAAAUUGUGAUGCAUUAAACUAGGACAUGAACAUGCAUUUCAGGUGUGCACGAUAACAGGUGAAGUAAAAGUGUUUACUAUAAAAAGUAAAUAAAACCGGAUUUCGUUAUCGCCGAGUUUACAACGACCUGGAAGGAAUGUCGGUUUGUCCCAUCGUCUAGAGUUAGUAGUUUGUUAACGAGCGUGUGCAGGAUACUUGACAAGCUGCGUGUUAUUCUCGUGUUUUGAUGAAGCUUUAUUGAAUUCAAUGGAGCGUGGAUAUCUUAUUAGAUCUCAGUUGUUGAGGUGGAACCAUUAGAUUUGCCACAUUGUGUCGGUAUCAACACGGUAGGGUUCAAUAGCCGUACUAUUUGUUGACACACCACGGUGGGAUAGUGUAUUCUCAGCGGGAAAGACACGUCUUUUGUGAUUUUGUAUGUGUUAUGAAGCGAAAAGUGUCGCUUCACAGCGGUAUAUUGUCUUUCUGGCGCACAGGUGGCACUUGUGGGCAACUGUCUGGUUUUUAAAACUAAUAACACACAUUCGAUUCAUUAUCUGAAAGUCUAUUUUUAGCUUCAUCUGUACUAUAAACUUUUCAUUUUCAUUAAAAAUCGUUCUAUUUUAGUAUCACUUCAAAGAAAUCAUCCAUUUUUGUGAGUUUGUAAAUUUUACAAACCUUUUGCAUUCUUUCUUAUCGGGUGUGAUUUUAAACCUCAUUAGCACUGAGUGGGAUAUUUAUUACUCUACACAAACGACAUGCUACGUUUUAUGAUCUGUAUUGCAUGAAUCCAGUCAUGUAUUUCUAUGUUACUCUGUGGAUUUUAUUUUAUUCUGUCUUGAGUGAAGAGGAAUCUCUCUCGGCGCCACGGACAGCGGGAUUGGGCACUCGGCGUAUAGCCCGUAAAGAAGGGGAUGUCAUUUUCGGGGCUUUGUUUCCUAUGCACAAGAAACCGCCAGAGACAACUGUUUAUACCCGUUCUUGUGGAGUGAUUUGGGAACAAUACGGCAUUCAUAGACUAGAAAUUUUUUUGGAAACUCUUGAUAAAAUAAAUGCAAAUCCCAACAUCCUUCCAAAUGUGACGGUCGGGUACGAUAUCCGUGAUUCCUGCUGGUACUCACCUAUAGCUCUAGAACAAAGUAUUGACUUCAUUAAAGAUUCCCUAGCGAAUUUAGAUGCACAGGAAGCUCGUGAAAAUAAUUCAACACGAAAAGGUGGCUGCAAAACAGAGAACCGAAAGCCAAUAAUUGGUCUUAUCGGACCUGGUUCCUCUCAUAACACCAUACAGGUUCAAAACUUGCUGCAGAUAUUCCAUAUUCCACAGAUCGGAUUCUCGGCCACAAGUAUGGAACUAAGCAACAAAAACUUGUAUGACUACUUUCUUAGAGUAGUUCCCUCAGACAAAUACCAAGCUCAGGCCAUGCUGGAUAUCGUCAUUAGGUAUAACUGGACAUACAUAUCCACAGUUCACACUGAUGGUAACUAUGGGGCACGUGGAAUUAUGGAAUUUAAGAACCUUGCCAGAAAUAGCAGCGUAUGUAUUGCCAAUUCUGAAAGCGCUCCCUCUCGACAAGAUCCGCAUUUGUUUGACGGAAUCAUUCGACGAAUGAUUUCUUACCCGAAUGCCAGAGUUAUUGUCUGCUUCUGUGAGGGAGCCACUGUUACUUCAUUGUAUAAUGCUACCAGGAGAGUGAAGAACGCUCAAGGACAUUUCCUAAUCCUAGGAAGUGACGGAUGGGCGGACAGACCUGAUGUGGUGGAAUCCAUAGAAGAAGCUGCGGCAGGAGGCAUGUCCAUCAAGCUAUAUUCACCAAUCAUCCCAACGUUCGAUAAGAAAUUCAAAGCUUUGAAUCCGUACUUAAAUGAGAGAAAUCCAUGGUUCAAAGAAUUCUGGCAGGAGAAGUUCGGUUGUACUAUUCCAGGAGAUGAAGAUGCUAACUCGGAGUUCAUCAAUAAAACUUGUACAGGGAAAGAGAUACAUCGGGACUUUGUACAGGAUUCAAAGCUUGGCUUUGUGGUGAAUGCCAUGUAUACGAUGGCUACAGCCCUUCACAACAUGCAUCAGGACAUAUGUGGAGAUUAUCCCGGCCUUUGUCCGGAAAUGAUUCCUUUGGAGGGUCGACUGUAUAAGGAAUACCUGCUCAAUGUAUCCUUGAUAACAUACAGUAAUGACGACCUCCAUUUCGACAAAAAUGGAGACCCGCCGGCAAGAUACGACAUAAUGAAUUUCCAGAAGUUUGGAGAAGGUGCAAACGUGACAUACGGUUAUGUCAAAGUUGGUGAAUGGAAUACUGGACAUCUGGACAUGAACGACUCAAAAAUCUACUGGCUGAAUCGACAGAGCGGCGAAGCUCAUACGAUAUCAGUGUGCAGUCAACCAUGUCCGAUGGGUUAUGUAAAGAACAUAGAGGGAAAUACCCGCUGUUGUUGGACGUGCAUCCCGUGCGAGGAAAAUGAGUUUAUGAUGGACGAGGAGACAUGCAAGCAAUGCAGCAUUGGAUGGUGGCCUAAUGAGGACUUAACAGCUUGUAAAAUGAUAGAGACUGAAUACCUAAGCUGGUUUGAUACCGAGGCCGUCGUAGCUAUCUCCUUGGCAUGUUUUGGAAUCUUUGUAACUCUUUGGAUCACAGUGAUAUUCAUCCGCCACCAUAACACGCCUGUCGUGAAAGCAUCCACCAGAGAACUUAGUUACAUCAUCAUGUUCGGGAUCAUUACAGCCUACUGUUGCAACUUCGUUCUGGUAUCAAAGCCGACCAUCGUAUCCUGUUAUUUCACCAGAAUCUUGCCCGGGUUGUCCUUUUCGUUGAUAUAUGGAGCAUUGGUGACUAAGACAAAUAGAAUUGCUCGCAUUUUGGAAGGUACGAAGAAAAUCAUCACUAAGAAACCGAGGUUCAUGAGUGCGUCCGCACAAGUCAUUAUCACCUGUAUUAUUGUUGGCAUAGAAUGUGCCAUCAUAACGGUAAUGCUGAUUAUAGAGCCGGCUGACUCCACGCUCGACUACCCGACAAACAAACGGGUACGCUUAGUGUGCAACACGACGCCUCUUGGGAUCGUGGUGCCGUUUGGGUUUGAUCUUGUGCUGAUUCUAAUGUGUACCUUAUAUGCUGUCAAGACCCGGAAUCUACCAGAGAACUUUAAUGAAGCUAAGUUCAUAGGUUUUACCAUGUAUACAACCUGUGUUAUAUGGCUGGGAUUUUUUGCCAUUUAUUUCGGCAGUGAGUCUCGGGUGCUGACAAUGUCGGUUUCGAUCAGCCUGAGUGCUUCCGUCUCCCUAGUGUUGUUGUUCUUUCCGAAAAUUUACGUAAUCGUGUGGGCUCCUGAGAAGAAUACGCGAAGCGCCUUUACAACAUCCAAGGAUGUCCGGUGUCAUAUUGGUUCCAUUUCCUUUCACUCCGGUGAGAGUGUUGACAUGAUGAGAGAUAAGAAAGUGAUAGAGGGUAAGAAUGCCUAUCGACGCCGUUCGUUGUUUGGAAAGAACCGUCAGAAACAAAAGGAUAGCCUCGUCCGCCAUCAAAGCAUGUCAUUACCGCCGAACAUCCGCCUAAAUCGACAGAAUUCUACGCAUGUGCAGGCCACUAAUUCUAAUUCAAACUCCAAUCAGAAAUUUCCUUGGACCACUAAGGACCGUUCUCCGUCGGAGGACGCGGAUGACAGGCUGAGCACCAUCAGUUCCAAGGAGGAAUCGCACAGCCAUGGCAGCGAUAGGCGAAAGUCUUGCGUCGCUGCGAGCGGAAAUAACAAGAAACAAGAUUCACAAUGUCAGACUGACAAUGUAAUGUUUGAAGAAUACCUAGCACGCUCUCGUAGCGAAAGGGCCGGAAGUUCACUCAGAAGUCGAGCAUCAACUGGAAGAAAUUCUGAAGGAGCUCAUCGAUGUGGUUCUGACAGUUCCAUAAACAGUGAUGAAAUAUUUCUGUCUCUUCCACCCAAUAAUGCACACGAAAGACGUGGGAUGUACAAGACAUCCCCUAUUCACGGCGACAAGAGUCCUCUUCUUAAUGACAGUGGAACACCAGACAAAUGUUACGGAAAUAGCCUAGUAGCCACAUUGGAACCGUACGGUCAUAGCGUCAUGUCGGAUUAUCAAAGACAGGACGUGCCACCUCGAGUAAAAAGUACUAGCCCAUAUAGUACACUACACGACAAUGCACAUUCCAAACAUGAUCAUCAUUUUGAAUGUAGCGCUAAUGCGUUUCUUCAUCCCAGCCCUAAACCACUUAGAGGCUCAAUCGAUCCAGUAUUGCAACCACGUUUAACAAAUGGACCUUUCUUAACGGCAACUGUAUCUGCACCUUCAGGGUCUGCAUACCAGUUGAAACCGGACGAAAGUUCCCUUUACGGACGUCGUCAUAGUGACAACAGUGCCCUCAUUAAGAUCAGUGACCCAGAAACAGUUGUUCCAAUGUCACAAAGACGGAACACUACACCCAACCGUCGGCCAUCUCCGAAAUGUGACCAAUCACGGACCGAGGCUAAUGAGCCACUGCUAGAACGGCAUUCAUUAGAUGUUUCCAAUUCCUCUCCUGUUUAUUUUUCCCAUGUCGACUGUGUCAGAGACAGUAGACUCACCCCAGACAUUAAGACAGAUUUCAUCAGAUUGCCACCAGAGAAGCGUGUUCCUACUAGUGCCUUUACCCAGAUCCCUUUAGGGGCGCCUAGUCUGAACUCCUACGGACCCAGCAGUAGCGCUACCUCCCCGUCUCCUGAUAGUACCAUGUCUACAGGGCUAAGUCAGCUGGAGGAGGAAGAGGUUUCGAUGAUAUCAUUUCAUUCUUAUCUAAAAAGUCACGGCGUUGAUUUAGAUAUGUCUUCCGUACAAUCAAGCGACGUAUGAAACAUUUUGUAUUGUUCAACAUUUCCCAUUUCUCACUUUGGCAGAAACUAACAGUGUUUUUAUAUAGAAAUUUUGAAUCGUGUAUUUAUCUGAGGAAUUAUUUUCUGGUAGAAAUGAAUUAUUUUAAGAUGUGAUUGAAAAAAUGUCAUGAGUAAUCUUGGCAAAUCAGACAUUUAAACAAACUCAAGCUCGUCUUAUCGCAAAACAGAUGUAAGCUUGAUUUACUGGAUUUAAGAAAAAUCCUAACGUGGCAAGGACGAAGAUACUGAAGAUGACAAGGAGUUGAAUGUGACAAAUAGCUUUACUGAAAACACAUGUAUAAUAACCCUUCCGUUCUAUCAGUAUAAAUGAUCUUUUCUUUAACUAGAACAACAGGUUUAUCCUAUCGAUCUCGAUGAACAAUUGUCUACAUGAGUAUAAGUAUUGGUCGAAGUGAAUGAUUGAAAGAACCAAUAAAACCCUUCCCUGUUUGUAUGUAGUGGACGAUACCGUUUGUUGUCGUGAUAAAUUUCAA